AUGAGGGACGCGGACGGGAAGGACAUCUCCGGCGCGGGGAUCCGUCGUCGAUUCUUGGAGUUUUACGAGGCGCGCGACCACGCGCGGCUGCCGUCGUCCUCGCUCGUCCCGGAAGACCCCACGGUUCUGCUCACGAUCGCGGGGAUGCUCCAGUUUAAGCCCGUGUUCAUGGGCCAAGAGGAGAGGAAAGUGCCGACCGCGACGACGACGCAGAAGUGCGUGAGAACGAACGACAUCGAAAACGUCGGCGUCACCGCGAGGCAUCACACGUUCUUCGAGAUGCUCGGGAACUUUUCGUUCGGGGAUUACUUCAAGAAAGAAGCCAUCGCGUGGGCGUGGGAGAUCUCCACGAAGGAGUACGGCCUGGACGCGUCCCGGAUCUGGAUCAGCGUGUUCAGAGAGGACGACGAGGCGUACGCGAUCUGGCGCGACGAGAUCGGCAUCCCGGAGAAUCGAAUCAAACGCAUGGACGAGGCGGAUAAUUUCUGGGCCGCGGGGCCGACCGGUCCGUGCGGGCCGUGCUCGGAGCUGUACUGGGACUUCCACCCGGAGCGCGGCGUCGACGGGAGCGAAGAUUUAGACGACGACUCGCGGUUCAUCGAGUUUUACAACUUGGUCUUCAUGGAGUCCGUGCGCGACACGGAUGGGAACAUGAAACCGCUCAAACGCAAGAACAUCGACACCGGGAUGGGGCUCGAGCGCAUGGCGCAGAUCCUUCAGGGAAAGCCGAACAACUACGAGACGGACCUCAUCCGCCCGAUCAUCGACGCCGCGGCGUCCAUGGCUGGGAUCUCGUACGACGACGCGGACGACGCGACGAAGCUCAAGCUGAAAGUCAUCGGCGAUCACACGCGCGCGGUGUGCUAUCUCAUCUCCGACGGCGUCCUUCCCUCGAACGUCGGCCGCGGAUACAUCGUCCGUCGGCUUUUACGACGCGUCGUUCGAUGCGGGCGUUUGCUCGGGGUGAAAGCUCCGGACGGCGCGGGCGCGUUCACGCCCGCGAUCGCGCGCGUCGCGAUCGGUCUCAGCGAAGCGUGCGACGCGAACGUCUUGAAAUCGUCGCAAAAAAUUUGCGACGAGCUCGAACGCGAGGAACUGCGGUUCGCGACGACGCUCGGCAGGGGCGAGGAGAUCCUCGCGGACAUGCUCGCGGCGGCGAAGACGAAGGACGCGAAUGCGCCGAAGCUCACGGGCGAGGACGCCUUCACGCUGUACGACACGUACGGCUUCCCGCUGGACAUCACGACGGACGUCGCGACCGAGGCGGGCGUCGACGUCGACGUCGAUGGGUUCGAGAAGGCGAUGGCGGCCGCGCGGGACCUGAGCCGCGACGCGCGCGUCGCCGUGGACGUCACGGUCGGGGAUCUCCUCGGCGCGAUCGCGGACGAGCUCGGGGAGCCGACGAGGUUCACCGGAUACGGAAGCGUCACCGAGGAGGGCGUAAAGGUGCGCGCGCUGUUGAAGGGCGGCGAGCGCGUCGCGAGCGCGGGCGCGGGGGACACCGUGGAGGUGGUGUUGGACGCCACGCCGUUUUACGCCGAGGGCGGCGGGCAAGUCGGCGACGAGGGCGAGAUCAUCCUGAGCGACGACCGCGGGAAGCUCGUCGUCGGGGACUGCCGGAAAGCCGCGGGAGGGAGGCUCUUCGUGCACUCGUGCGUCGUGAGCGAAGGCGUCGUCGGCGAGGGCGACGCCGUCACCGCGACAGUCUCCGCGGCGUCGCGACGCCGCGCCAAGGCGAAUCACACGGCGACGCACCUGCUUCAGUCCGCGCUGAAGAUGACGAUCGGCGAGGACGUCUCCCAAGCCGGGUCGCUCGUGAACUUCGAGCGCCUGCGGUUCGACUUCAACGCCCCGAGCGCGCCGACGCCGGAGGAGCUCGCGCGCGUCGAAUCCCUCGUGAACGGUUGGAUCGGCGACGCGAUCGACCUCACCGCGGAGGAGAUGGCGAUCUCGCGGGCGAAGGAGAAGGGCGCGACGGCGAUGUUUGGCGAAAAGUACGGCGACGUCGUCCGCGUCGUCGACGUCCCCGGCGUGUCCAUGGAGCUGUGCGGCGGCACGCACGUGAAGAACACCGCGGAGAUUGGCGGGUUUAAAAUCCUGUCCGAGUCCGGGAUCGCGGCCGGCGUGCGAAGGAUCGAGGCCGUGUCCGGGCCCGGGGUCGUCGAUCUGCUUCAGGAGCGCGACGGCACCGUGAAGGCGCUCGCGGGGUCGCUCAGGGUGCCGCCGGAGGAGAUCGCCGGGCGCGUCAGCGCGCUGAUGGAAGACUUGAAGACGUCGCAGAAGGAGGCGGAGGCGCUGCGCGGCGAGCUCGCGGUCGCGAAGGCGACCGCGCUCGCGUCUCAGGCGAUCGACGCUCCCGGCGGCGCGAAGGUUCUCGUCGCGCGCAUGGACGGCGUCGACCCGGCGGCGUUGAAAGCGGCGGCGGAGAGCCUCGUCGCCGCGCUCGGGGACGACGUCGCCGUCGUCCUCGGCAGCGGCGGCGACGACGGGAAGGUUGGCCUCGUGGCGUCCUUCACGGAGGGGGUGCAGAAAGCUGGGGGGUUGAAAGCCGGCGUCGUCCUCGGCGCCACCGCGAAGGCGUGCGGCGGCGGCGGCGGCGGGAAGCCGGGGUUCGCGCAAGCGGGCGGGAGAGACGCGAGCGCGUUGGACGCCGCGCUAGAGGACGCCAAGAAGACGAUCGUCGACGCGCUUUCGAAAUAG